AUGAACGACCCCGUUCAUACGCCUCAGCGGCGAGAAUUAUUCCCAUCGAUACCCGAAGACCGUUCGAAAUCCAGUUCACAACAGCCCGAUGCAGCACUUGCCAUCUGCCGCAUUUGUCGCGGCGAAGGAACUUCGGCCGAGCCGUUAUUCUACCCGUGCAAGUGCAGUGGCAGUAUCAAAUAUGUUCAUCAGGACUGCCUGAUGGAAUGGCUCUCACAUUCACAAAAGAAAUACUGUGAGCUGUGCAAGACUUCUUUCCGGUUCACCAAGCUAUAUGCUCCGGACAUGCCGCAGUCGCUUCCAGUUCACAUUUUUCUGGAGCACAUGGCCAAAUAUCUCGUACGCAAUGUAUUGUUAUGGCUCCGUGCUGUCGUUACCAUUAGUGUGUGGGUAUGCUGGUUGCCAUACUUCAUGAGAGUUGUCUGGGCCUUUAUGUUUUGGGUCAGCGAUGAAGGCUUAGGUGCUGGACCGUUCAUAUCAUCGCCGCCUUCACCCAGCGCUGCCAUACCGCUUGAUCCCACAGGCAUAACUACAGCCGGCCAUUCGCAAAUAUUCAGUCCCCAAUCUUGCUCCCUUAACGAACAGGUUGUGUUCAUAAACAGCAAAGUCGGGUCUCAAUCACCAACCUUACUGAGCGACGUGGGAUUUCUGAGGAAUCUCACUCGCAGUUCCACCGUCAAUCGCACAGUAAUUACAGUCGUUGAGGGUCAGAUCAUCACGGUUCUAGUUAUCGUUUGUUUCAUCUUGGUUAUUCUGGUCCGAGACUAUGUCGUCCAACAACAGCCGGAGAUUAACAUGCGAGCUGCGUUUGCGGAUCAAGAGAACAAUAACCCACCUGCACCCGUGCAGCAACCGCUUGAACCGGAGCUUGACCACGACAAUCCGCCUGAAUCCGACGGAUUGGGCUCCGAUGACGAGACACUGGAUGCAGGGGCACAGGUGAAUGACCCAUUCGAAAUCAACUUGGACCGUCACGCAGAUAUCGACGAACCAACGCAUUCACCAGCACCGGCAGACAUGGACGAGACUAUGGAAUUCGAACCGAGAAUUCCUGACUUCGCAACGGAACUGCGAGACCCACAGGAUGCUAUCUCGGGGGAUUUAGAGGUUGAAGGCUUAGACGAUAGGGCCAGCGUCAUCGACUACUUGCGAGUGUACCGCCUGGCCGGUGGUAACCUCGAAAAGAUUCUACAAAUUGUUGAAGAAGAAGGGUUGGAAGACAAGCUCCGAUAUUGGGUCGAUGUUACUCGGCGUUCCAUACGAGAGCGCGAGGUCACGGAGGAUUCAUCAGGGCCUUCCAACUUCCAAGCAAACUCUCAAAACAAAAUACCUAUGUCUCCAAUUCUAGAUCUCAACGAGUUUGGUGCUGUGGAUCAGCCGGCACAGACUUCAGACAGACAAGGGGCUGCACAAGACCGCAGUAAGGGGAAAGAGCGAGAAUGGCUACCAAUGUCCCCGGACUUGUCGCCCAGUCCUACGACACCCAAGUCCAACGUCGCCUCUGGUCCAUCUAGGCCCCGGGCUCGAUCCGACGGCCCCGAACCCAACAAUACGACGAACCCAUUGGCAAAUAACAGCUGGACAUUUAACAGCCUCCCUACGGCAGAUGAGGAAGAUCAAGAAUCAACGGACCAAGGCCAUGAUUCAGUUUUGCCAUCAACAAUGCCUAUCCAGAUUGAUGACAGCGGCAUGUCAGGCCUCAACGAAGGUCCUGACGAUGCUCUUCACUCUGAUCACGACGACGAUGCAGCAUCAGUCAAUCAUGACAGUGAUUCGUCCCAUGUUGGAAGAGAUGAGCCAGCCGUCCCUGAACCGGAGCAGAGGGGAUUAGUCGGACGUGUCGCCAACUUCAUGUGGGGCGAUCUGGAUCAACGACAGGUAGUUGACGAAGACCAACAUGAAGCGGCAAUUAACGGUGCUGCCGUAGCUGGCGAAGAAGGGGCUGCAGAAGAUCCAUGGAUCGACGUCGCUAUUGCUGAACCGGCCGAUGCCAACGGAGAGAUAAAUGCUGGCGAAGUCGACGCCGCCGCUGCAGCUGCGGGCAUGGAUGCCGAGGCCAUGGAGGACCUCGAGGAUUUCGAGGGUGUAAUGGAACUUCUGGGAAUGCGUGGUCCCAUUGCCGGUCUGUUCCAAAACGCCAUAUUCUGUGCCGUCCUCGUCUCGGUAACGAUAUUUACUUGCAUUUUUAUCCCUUAUAACAUAGGACGCUUCUCCGUUUGGAUCAUCGCCAAUCCCAUCUUGCUGGUUCGAAUGCUUAUGGGACUCUCCAAAGUCAUCCAAGAUGCAGCCAUGAUGGUUGGUGGAUUUGGUUCAUGGUGUGCAUUGAACAUUAUAGAUAUGUUUACUGGUAUUAUCGGCGGUGCCAUGGGCGCGCAGGUUGUUUCUGCCAGAAAAGCAUCCUGGGGCCUUUGGACCGGCGCCGGAACCAGAGUCGUGGAAUAUGCACUCAUGGAAUUUCCUCUCACUGCUUCUGAAGUACAAAAUUUCUCUGCCAUCAGUCACGAUGCUCUAAACACUGUCAAGGGGAACAUUGGCUGGGUUCUUGGGCAGGCUGACCAUGGUCUCAAGGCCCUGGCUGGACCUGACUUCACUGCUUUGGUUGACGGGCGAUUUGUUGCCGCGGCUUCCAUCAUCAUCCAGUCGUCAAUUUCUUCCAUCAUCAGCUGGGUAUCGGUGCUCUUUGACCCAAGCUCUUGGGUCAUUGACUUGGGUGAAGUCGCCACCAAGGCUCCAGUUGAUGCAGGCCUUGCAUAUUGGUCAGGAUUAGAUCGAUUUUGGGCAAUUCUCGUCGGCUACAUGACCGUUUUCGCUGUUGGCGCUUUAUACCUGAAACGAGGCAGUCCGUUUUCACGCGGUGACAUGAUGCAAGCCUGGGAAGCUGGAGUCAUCGACAGCCUUCACCAGGCAAGUGGGAUCAUGAAGGUCAUUCUCAUCAUCAGCAUCGAAAUGCUCGUUUUCCCCCUUUAUUGCGGCUUGUUGCUAGACGGCGCCUUGCUCCCUCUGUUCGAAGACACAACCUUCAAAUCGCGAAUCCUGUUUACCUGCAACUACCCUUUGACGUCCAUAUUUGUCCACUGGUUUGUGGGAACUGGCUACAUGUUCCACUUCGCUCUUUUCGUUUCCAUGUGCCGCAAGAUCAUGCGGCCUGGCGUCUUGUAUUUUAUUAGAGAUCCAGAUGAUCCCGAGUUCCAUCCUGUCCGAGAUGUUUUGGAGCGAAACCUGACAACUCAGCUACGCAAGAUUCUUUUCUCAGCUUUCGUGUAUGGCGCGUUGGUCAUUGUUUGUCUUGGUGGCGUAGUUUGGGGUCUCUAUUACACCAUGCCUGGCGUGCUACCAAUUCAUUACUCCUCCAACGAACCGGUUUUGGAGUUUCCGGUUGACCUUCUCUUCUACAAUUUCCUGAUGCCGCUGGCUGUGAAGUUUUUCAAGCCCAGCGACGGGUUGCACGCCAUGUAUACGUGGUGGUUCCGGAAAUGCGCCCGUGGGCUUCGAUUGACGUACUUUUUGUUCGGCGAGCGACGCAUAGACGAAGAAGGCAUUCUUCAGCUCAGUUCAGAGACAAAGAGUAAAGUCCCACCACAUAAGUGGCUCCUCCUCGAACUCGAUGAAAACAAUACCGUUAUACCCAAGACUUGGAGAGACACCUUUGACGGUGGUGAUGCAAAGCCGAACCCAUCAAUUUCAAGGCAGGAGAUGAAGGAUAUGAGACACAAAAAGGCGCAUCUUGUUAAUACAGGGCAACUCGAGAAAACCGGCAGGUUUGUACGGGCUCCUGCGUCUGACCGGGUCAAGAUACCGAAGGGUCAAAAGGUCUUCCUCACGGUCUCUGAACGAAACCAUCGCAAAGACGGGAAGGACGACACGGGUUUGUACAAGUCUCCUCAAUACCAACUCGUCUAUGUGCCGCCAAAUUUCCGCGCCAGGGUAUUCUUAUUCAUCCUAUUCAUCUGGCUGUUUGCCGCUGUCACAGGUGUUGGCUUCACCAUUGCACCAUUGGUACUUGGCAGAACCAUGUUUAAAACGUUGAUCCCUGCCCACAUCCGCACCAAUGAUAUUUAUGCGUUCAGUAUCGGCAUUUAUGUUUUAGGAUCACUGGCAUAUGGAUUGUUUCGCCUCCGCCAACUUAGCGCAAAGUUUCGAGAGUGGACAGGCAAGCUCCGCAACGAGAUUACGAGUGGGAAUAGCAGCAAGCGAGCCUUCAGCGGGAUGGCGCACGGCGCCAAGCUUUCCUACGCAUAUUUCUUCCUUCUCAUCGUGUUUCCGCUGAUGGUCUCGAUGUUGUUGGAGCUCUAUGUCAUUAUUCCUUUACACACUUACAUGAACCCGCCCACGCAGCAACAGGGAAUGGCGCCUUACCCCGGUAAGGACGGAGAAUCCGGUCGCCACACAGUUCGGAUUAUUCAAUCAUGGACUCUUGGUCUGCUCUAUCUAAACCUGGCAACUAGGUUGAUUACAUCCCUAUUUCCUGACACCCGCGUGGCAAUAGCAGUGCGGACGGUCAUGCGGCGGGGUUACUUCAAACCCGACGUUGAAGUGCUUACCAGAGCAUUCAUCGUUCCUUGUAUUGUUGUGUCCACACUCGCAACUUUUGGUCCGCCUACAACUGCGAGGCUUUUGCUCCGUUUCGGCCUUGUCUCACCCGCGCAGCUCAUGGGCGCCUCGGCUGGGGCACCCAACACUGCCAAUUUGUCUUUGAUUUUUAGAUAUUCAUACCCAGCGGCUGCAGUGGCGGCUGUUUUGGUCAGAUAUGCGGUUGGAAUGACUAGAGUUUUCAACCGAUGGACGGCAGGGGUUCGGGACGAAGCAUACUUGAUUGGAGAGCGUCUGCACAACUUUGGCGCAGCGACAGCAGGAUCCAGGAAGGCCAGGAAGGCAUGGGGUGCUGCUGGAGGGGGAAGACUCUGA